AUGCCUGCCGCACGGUCACGACGAAAACGAAUACACUCUGGUCAGCCGGGAAAUGCCACACAGGCCUGGAGUCGACCACAGCAACUGUCAGAGGUGUCGGACAUCUACCAACAUCGACCUCUGAACGAUGUCUCGUCAAUUCGUCUGGUCGAGCUGCUUCCCGGACUGAUAGGCAACGAAUUGACCUUGGCUAUGCAUCAUGCAGACUUGAAAGAGCCUCCGCCGUAUCAAGCUCUCUCAUACUAUUGGGGCGAUCCUGCUCCAGUCCGAACGAUCCACGUCAAUGUUCCUAAAACAUAUGUGGCUGGACAAGAAUUCCACCUCUACUGGACAGAUGCAUUGUGCAUCAAUCAGAAUGACGUCCAGGAACGAGAUAAACAGGUCCGGCACAUGGAUAUUGUUUAUCGUCAAGCCAAAUGUGUGAUUGCUUGGCUCGGUCGGUCAUCGUCAUACGAAGAGGACCUGCAAAUCAUCUCUUUGGUCGCGGAAGGAAUAUGGCCUGGUUGGCUAGCAGAACCGCCCGCUUCAGCGUUGUCGCAGCAAAAAGGUCAAAAGACUUCGUACCCGACGGAAGGGAUGGUGGUUGCUGGGAGCCAGUCGAUACCGCUCGACCACUUUCUUUUUGUCCUCCGGUCCAACCAGGCCGGCGGAGAUGAUUACGGGAUUUGGGAGUUUUCUAGAGCAGUUGACUGGAUACGUCGUAUACGUCGAUGCCGAGAGGGAAAGGAGCUUUGGUCCCCUACGAGUGAGCAGUACUGGGCGCCAGAGAGUAAGCAUCUCUGGCAACUUCUUUCCCAACUCAGAUGCAAAAGUUCAGAUCCACGAGACAUUGUGUACGCCUUACUUGCAAUUGCACCCCUGGGCAAUUCGUCGACGCCUGCAGUCGAACGGAUCUCAAUCGACUACACGAAAGAUAUGAGCGAUGUCUUCUGGGACGCGGUGCUCGAAUGCGAACCACCAUGGGACCAGUACGAUCAUCUGUUCCACGGUCUGACGACAAUGAUGUGCAAGAGCCGGCCGGCGCCUGACGUCCUUGCCCUGUCCGAGUAUGCCGAAAAAGGAAGCACGUCCCAACGGCAUAUGGAAGGUGCCAAGGUCGCCUUGGAGGUGUGCGCCGCAAUAUGGAUUCUUCAACAAUGGUUGAUGGCUGAAUUCUUCUUUGAUGAAGAUGGGACAAAGCUCAAUGAUUUCACCAAUGCGAUCAAAAGAUUAUCAGAGACCAUCGAAUUUUCUCGCAGAGCCUCUAAUGGUGAGCGGACAUACCUCGAGUCUUCACUGAUGUUGGGCUUCGCACUGGCAAGGCGCGAGGAUCCCCAAUAUUCUGCCUAUUGUGAGCGGGUGCUGCAUCCGGUCCGGAGCACAGGCAGUCCAUCGCCGUGGCGGUGCUGCACACACCGAAACCUUGACGCGACCAACCUCUGGGGCUUAGAGACAUGGAAUGAUAUUCGUCUGUCCUACGGCAAAGAUCCAGACCUCGUGUUGUAUGACCCUGUGCCCCCACUGUGGACCCUCUGUGGAAUGUGCACAUUCAGAUCCGUCCAUGGCUACCAUGGACCAGGGAGCUUUGGUAACCCCGAUUGGGGCCUCAGUUGGCGCAUCCCUGAGACUCGCUUUUACCUGAUUGUGGACCAUUGCUUUCACACAGGAUUCUCGGUCGGGUUGCACGAAAGGCCUAGGGUCGAGUUGAGAAUGAGACUUGAGCUGAUGCAGAGUUAUAUAUCUGCACAACGAAGCCGAGGGACAGAUAUAGCCACUGUCCCUUUUCGCAAUAUACCAGAGCAUGCCGGGAUGUAUACGGGCACCAUGUUCGGCACAAUUACCCGGCAAACAACAUACUCGGUACAGUGGCCCCAAUAAGUUUGUCACACACGCGUAUUUACACCAAACCGCACACUUUUGACGCACGCUUUUCUCUAUAACAUUCAGUGUAAAGCAGUACCUUUGCUUAUAUGAAUAAAUACCAAAUUACCUAGAGUUUCUAUCAGCAAGAAACAAAUCAAAAGAAGCGGUCUCCAAAAGUCAGGAAGUAGGGUUUCAACAAAAGUUAUGCUUAUAAGCAUGGUUUUCGUGCUUUCAUAACUUUAUCCCCUUAUAACUUUUUCUAGAAAAGUCUGCGAAAGACAUCCUCUUGACUUAUAUAUACUUCAGGUAAUUCUCUAU